GAAGUUCAGCCCCAGAAGGGGAAGUGCCUCUCCCCAGAGUAAGGUGGUGACCAUGCUGGGAAAUGACAUCUCACACCUCGCUCAGCUGCACUGGACUCCCAGGAGGUAACAGCCCCCAGGCGGCUCAGAAAACCCGAUGCACCCGGAGUCCACCCACUGACGUUGGUCUCGGGGACUGCGAGGUGACUUUCCUUCGGGGCCUGGGCUCCAUCGGCAACUGCCCCGACUCGCCUGGCCGUCUUAGACGUCAGGGACAGCAGCAGCCCCCCCAGGCAACCUUCGUGACAGCGGCAGCAGCAGGGGAGGACUGGUCUGUCCCUGAUUGCAGGGCUCACCACUGCCUCCCCAGAGAAAACUGGAAUUUCAGGUGAGGAUGCUUCUCCUGCCAUGACACCCCUUCAGUUGUACUGAUGCCGCUCUGCCACCAGCUGGCCCUCCCACCUCUGAGUUGGCUCACACCUCUGCUCUCUGUGUGGAUGAAGGAUCAUGGCAGCACAAGAGACGCUUCUUAACCUGCAAACCACCUAAGGAAGGAAUAUGAGCCAGCAGAACCACAGCAAAAACUGCUCCUUCAAAGAUGUGAACGAGCUGAUGGAAACCGUGCAGUUGGCUGUCCACAUCCCUACCUUCAUUCUCGGUCUGCUCCUCAAUGUGCUCGCCAUCCGUGGCUUUAGCUCCUUCCUGAAGAAGAGGUGGCCUUGCUACACUGCCACCUCCAUCUACAUGAUCAACCUGGCAGUCUUUGACCUCCUGCUGGUGCUCUCCCUCCCAUUCAAGAUGUUCCUGUCCCGAAGGGAGGGCUCCUUCCUUCCCUUCUGUACUCUGGUGGAGUGCCUCUACUUCAUCAGCAUGUAUGGGAGUAUCUUCACCAUCUGCUUCAUCAGCCUGGACAGAUUCUUGGCCAUCCGGUACCCAAUCCUGGUCAGCCACAUCCGGUCCCCCAGGAAGAUCUUCGGGAUCUGCUGUAUCAUCUGGGUGCUGGUGUGGGUCGGGAGCACUCCUGUCUAUAGCUUCCAUGGCAAAGUGGAAAAUUACACGUGCUUCAAUAACAUGUCUGAUGGCACCUGGAGUGCCAAGGUCUUCUUCCCUUUUGAGGUCUUUGGCUUCCUUCUUCCCAUGAGCAUCAUUGGUUUCUGCUCCUCCAGGAGUAUUCACAUUCUGGUUGCUCGUCGGGACCACACCCGGGACUGGGUCCAGCAGAAGGCCUGCAUCUGGACUAUUGCAGUCAGCUUGGCUGUCUUUGUGGUCUCCUUCCUCCCCGUCCACCUGAGUUUCUUCUUGCAGUUCCUGGUGAGGAAUGGCUUCAUCGUGGAGUGCAGAGCCAAGCAGAAUAUUAUCUUGUUCCUGCAGUUGUCCAUGUGUUUCUCCAAUUUCAAUUGCUGCCUGGAUGUUUUCUGCUACUACUUUGUCAUCAAAGAAUUCCGCAUGGACAUUAUGGCCCACCGGCCUUCCAGGAGCCAGCUAGUCCACCAGGACACCCUGACCACCAUGGCUAAGGGAAAAAAGUCAUGCCUGGAGGAAGGAAACCUCAACCUAAAUUCCAUAGUGAAUGUCCCUUCCCGGGGCCCUGAUGUGGUGGGCUGACAAGUGGUGCAUUUGCUGGUGUGCCCUCCCUCUGAUGGUCACUUGAAUGCCAUCUUUGCUCACUGUGGCCCCAAAACCUUUCCCCUGAACCCAGACAACUUGACAUAAGCCACUCAGUGUCAGUAUCUGGGGAAGUCUGAAGAACCCAGGUGAAUUCUCAAUUUCUCAGUCUCCAAAGCAGGAGGCCUUUGACUAUGUAGAUCACAACAAACUGGUAAAUUCUAAAAGAGAUGGGAAUACCAGAUCACCUUACUUGCCUCCUGAGAAACCUGUAUGCAGGUCAGGAGGCAACCAUUAGAA